GGAAGAACCCAAGUCGUCCCCUCACGCGGCAAGCCGGCCUUCUUCUCCCACCGCCCCACCGCCCCACCUCUCCCGGCAGCGAGCGCACCGAGGCGGCGAUGAAUCCCUUCGCGAAGAAGCCAACGCCGCGAGAGGCGAUCAGGAACAGCAAGCGGGAGCUGACGAAUGCGACAAGAGGUAUUGAGAGGGACAUUGGGACACUACAACAAGAGGAAAAGAGGCUGGUUGCUGAAAUCAAAAGGACUGCAAAAACUGGCAAUGAGGCAGCGACUAAAAUCCUCGCCCGUCAACUGAUCAGGCUGCGACAGCAAAUUUCCACUUUACAAGGUAGCCGAGCUCAGAUUCGUGGCAUCGCAACACAUACACAGGCAAUGCAAGCCAACACUUCAGUGGCUGCUGGCAUGCAAAGUGCGAGUAAAGCGAUGGGGGCUAUGAACAAGCAAAUGGAUCCUGCCAAGCAGAUGAAGGUAAUGCAAGAAUUCCAAAAACAGUCAGCACAAAUGGAUAUGACGAACGAGAUGAUGUCUGACUCAAUUGACAACAUCUUAGACGAUGACCAGGCUGAGGAAGAGACUGAUGAGCUUGCUAACCAGGUGCUCGAUGAGAUUGGCGUUGAUGUUGCCUCACAGUUGUCCUCUGCUCCUAAAGGAAGAAUUGCCGGAAAGAAGGCUGUGGCUGAUGACAGUUCGGAGUUUGAUGAACUCGAGAAGAGGCUUGCUGCUUUGAAGAAUCCAUAAAUGGCGCCUCUUUGCAACCCUCCCCUUGGAGAUUCAAAGGCAUUUUGCAUUUGUAAAUAUUGGAUGGAGGAGAGAGUGUACGAUAAGAUGAGAGGCAGAUGAAGACGUCAGAGGGAGUUCUUUUAAGAAAAAAAGAGUCCUGUAAAAAUCUUGAUUGAUUGUCUGUUACUGCACGCUGCAGUUAUCACAGCAGGCUGAAAUUGACCUGGAUUUGCUGAUUCAUUAGGUUAGUUACGAUGCAUAUGGUCGUGUAUAAAUAACCCAGAGGUUUAAUGGUACAAACUGUUUGCUCCUCAGCACUA